AUCAGCUGUGUCCAAUCACAGCUGAUCACAUAGGGGACAUGUACACUGAUCAUCAGGGCCCUGAUGAUCAGUGUGGCCCCAUCAGUGCCACCUGUCAGUGUCCAUCGGUGCCAGCUGUCAGUGCACAUCAAUGCCAUAUAUCAGUGCCCAUCUGAGUGCCCAUCUGAGCUUUCAGUGCCACCUAUCAGUGCCAGUCAGUACCACCUAUCAAUGCCAAUCAGUGCCACCUAUCAGUGCUGCCAAUCAGUGCCACCUAUCAGUCAGUGCCAGUCAGUGCUGCCUAUC